AUGCGAAUGUUGGGGCCACCCCUUCCACCCCCCAAAUGUGUAGACUCUCCAGGGUGGAGAACAGAUGCCCCCUGCCCGUCUCCUCUGCCCACCCCCGGGGCCUGGAGAAACAGGGCCCAGGAAGAGGAGGAGGAAGAGGAAGAUACGUAUGAGCUGCCCCCCUGUGAGGCUCUGCUCCGGAAACUAGCCCCUGCCCACCUUCCUGGAACCGAAGAGGACUCUUUGUACCUGGAUCACUCCGGCCCCCCGGGCCCGUCCAAGUCACCAGCACUGGAGCCUGAGCCCGAAAAGCUGAAGGCAGCACUGACCCUGCAGGCGGCCGUGAAGCAGGGACAGCCCUCUGGGAGGCGAGAGCUGACUGCACCAGCCCCAGUGGUGCCAGGCUCUGCAAAGGAACCUGAAGAGGACAUCUACCUGGAGUGUGAGCCCAGCCCAGUCCCUGCUUUGCCUCCGAUGCCCCCAGUCCCUCUGCCAAGGACAUCAGUAGUACACAGGCCCCCCAGAGCCCCCCAGGAAGCCCAGAAUGAAGCCGCAAAUGCCACCCCUAAAGCAGGAAGGAGCUCCUCUCUUUCCUCUGUAGCCCCCAGCAGAAACACCACAGCUGCCGAGGAUGACGGUCUGCUGGGUCAGCCUUGGUACUCAGGGAACUGCGACCGACAUGCUGUUGAGAGCGCCCUGCUCCGAUGCCAAAAGGACGGGGCCUUCACCGUGCGCCCCAGCUCAGGCCCUCGUGGCUCCCAGCCCCUCACCCUGGCGGUGCUUCUCCAUGGCCGGGUCUUCAACAUUCCCAUCCGGCGGCUGGAUGGUGGGCACCACUAUGCCCUGGGCCGGGAGGGCAGGCAGCACGAAGAGCACUUCUCCUCCGUGGCUGCCAUGGUCCAGCACUACGCGCAGCACCCCCUGCCCCUCGUGGACAGACACAGUGGCAGCCGGCAGCUCACCUGUCUGCUCUUCCCCACCAAGCCCUGAUGCGCCCCAGCAGAUGUCCACACCCACCUCUGGCCCCAUGGGUUGCUCCUGCCCCAUCCACCUGUCCUCCUUGGGCUGUGUCCCUUCUCCUCUCCCAGGUCUCCACCCUUCCAGGCCCUCCUUGUCCACUGUCCCAGUUCCUGCAGGCCCCGAUGAGAGGCACUGGAAACGGUUGCCCAGAGACUCCAUGCCAUGCUCACCCAGAGCCCACCCUCUCCAAGGCUGGGCAGUAAGGGUCAGGCAGGGCUCCCAUUCCCAGCCUCCAGGAACGGCCGUGCACACCCUGUUGCUAAGGCUUCCCAAGCAGCUCUGGAUGAAGGCCUCCUCAGGGGAAAUAGCCUCCUGGGCACAGCAUGGGCACUGCUGGGACACAAAAAGAAUCCUCUCACAUCCUUUUGAAGGCUUAAUACAGGGCUGGCAUCUUGGAGGGACUUGGUUGCCCUGCACACAUUUUGCUUUCAAUAAAUACUUGUUGAAUAAAUCCUUGAAUUUGCUGAGGAAAGCAGAGGUGGCUUCCAUGAGGCUCCGAGGUUCUCAAGCGUCCCAGGGCACAGCCUAGUGCUGGGAGUGACAGCAGCGGUGGCCAGGCCAGGGCAAUAAGGCCGCCCCGUUUCUGCCCACUGAACGGGGCGUUUGCCCUUACAUGGUCUGUGCUGAGGACCAUCUCCAGGGUGGCUGGUUCUUGUUUUGCUUUGUUUGAAGGUGGUCAGAGAGGGUUAGGGAGGGAGGCUCAGUGUGUAUCUGCCACUCCGUAAAUGGUGAGAAUGGAGUGAAGUACAGGCAGACCCCAGGAAACCCCUGGCUACUGGGCUCGCCAGACCUAGAGUACUGACAGUGGCCCA